AUGAAGCUUGUCAUCAGCGGUUCAGCCGGUUUUGUCGCCACCGAGUCAAUCUCUCAAGCUCUCAAGCACCCCGCCAUCACCUCCAUCGUUGCUCUUGGCCGACGCGAGAUCCUACACCACCGCGGGCAGGGACAGCCAAGCUCAAGUCAGUUGUCUGCGAUGACUUUGAGAGAUACCCUGACAGACAAUCGCCGUGACGCUGAUAAGCUUCCCACCCUCCCAUUCGAAGAAACAUGCAAAUGUUCCCGCGACUACGCCAUGACAGCUAUCCAGGCUCUCAGUGGACUUCUUUUCGUCUACAUGAGCGGCCAUUUUGCACCGCAGAGUUGGGAGGAGGUGCCGAGUACUCUUCGCGACCAUGGGUUGAUCAACUAUGGGUUACCACGGGAGUAA